AUGAAAACAUGUCGAUGUGAUCACACGAGUAAUUGUAUCUACCCUGCUGGCAUCUAUAAUCAAUCAAAAGUCAUCGUUCCUAAUGAAGUCUUUUCACAUAAUGCAUCACUUCUAUUUGCUGUACCAGGAUUUCAAGUUGGAUGUGUACCUCAAAAUGCAUUGCUUCAAUCGACAUUACAAUGUUUUUAUAAUCAAUCGUGCUUGGAUAUGGUCAUUACAUUAACUGGCGCUCUUCCUAAUGCCUCUGCACUGAAUAUUUCAGGUUCUUCUUCUCGAUUUGAUCCAACAACAACUAUCAGUGUUAUUUUUGAUAAUCUAAUGCUCGAAUCCUGGCAUAAUUCUAUUGAUUUCGCUGCCUAUUUUCGGGCUUGGGCACCUAAAACUUGUUCGUAUUCCUAUGAACAACGCUUCUAUCUCAUUUAUAUGAUAACAGUCGUGGCCAGUUUCUUUCGUGGAUUGAGUAAAGUAUUGCAUAUCACAUCUCCAUUGCUUGUCAAAUGUAUUUUACGCUUAUGUCGUCAACAGGUUCGAACGCUUGAGGCUGACGAAGGACGUGAAUCAACCACAAAUUGCCAAGGUGGUAUAUGGAAUAUCGGAUAA